AUGUUCUCUUUAACGGUGAUCGUGUUCUUCACAUUUCUAAAUGCAGCUGCAUGUGCAGACAGGCACUCAUCGAAUCCUCACUGCAACCUCACCAACGAAAUGACUGAUGAAGCUAGAAAGAUGUUUCUUAGGAUGCACAAUAAAUUUCGGUCGUUGGUUGCUAGAGGAAAAGCGGGAGAUGCACUUGGUGGUUUUGCACCAAAAGCUGCAAAAAUGAUGAAAAUGAUCUCGAUGCUGAUAUCAAGCAGGGAGAAAAGGCACGAGAAGCGAGCCGUUGGUAUUAGUUGGAACUACAAGGAGAACGGACUGUGCGCUUGUCUUUGA